UACUGGCUGUGGUUUCAGUGGUACUAUACCGGAUACAAUUGGAAAUAUGCAACGGCUUGCAUUCUUGUCUUUAAAUUCAAAUAACUUCAACGGGCAAAUUCCAUCCGCUCUUGGUAAUCUCACAAAUCUAUAUUGGCUGGACUUGGCUGAAAACCAGCUUGAAGGGCCUAUCCCAAUAUCAAAUGAAACUUCUCUUGGUCUGGAUAUGCUACACAAUACAAAGCACUUUCAUUUUGGGGUUAACAAACUUUCAGGCAAUAUUCCUCCUCAGCUUUUUAGUUCAGACAUGUCUCUGAUACAUGUGCUUUUUGAAAGUAACGAACUUACUGGCAAUAUUCCAUCUACACUUGGACUAGUCCAGAAUCUUGAGGUGGUGCGCCUUGAUGGUAAUUAUCUAAGUGGACCUGUGCCUCCAAACGUUAGCAGCCUUACAAAUGUUAGGGAUUUGCUGCUCUCCAACAAUCGCCUAUCUGGUCCUCUUCCCAACCUUACUGGAAUGAACAUCCUCAACUUCCUGGAUGUGAGCAAUAAUAGUUUUGAUCCAUCAGAGUUUCCACUAUGGUUAACAACUCUACCAUCUUUGACAACAGUAAACAUGGAGAAUAUAAAACUUCAAGGAAAUAUUCCUGUUUCAUUUUUCAGUUUGAGCCAGUUACAGACAGUGAAUAUGAAAGACAACCAGCUAAAUGGAACAUUAGAUAUUGGUACUACCAUCAGCAACCAACUGGAAAUCAUUGAUUUGCAGACCAAUUUUAUUGCUAAGUUUAAUCCAGAAAUUAAUGUAUCCAAUGUGGAAAUAAUACUCGUCGAUAAUCCGGUUUGUGGAGGAGGAUCUUCACAGGAUUAUUGUUCCAUUCCACAACAAAACAACAUGUAUACAACACCACAGAACAAUUGUGUGCCUGUCACCUGCAGCACAGAUCAGAAAGAAAGCCCUAACUGCAAAUGUGCAUAUCCAUAUACUGGAACUUUAACUUUCAGGGCACCAACCUUCUCUGACUUGCAAAACAAGUCAAUCUUUGCAUCUUUGGAGUCGUCUAUGAUGCGGUCUUUUCAUCGAUAUAAUCUACCUGUGGACACAGUUUCUGUGAGCAAUCCAAGAAAGGAAGCAUUAUACCUUGAUUUGAGUCUAGAAGUGUUUCCAUCCGGCAUAGAUCGUUUCAACCGAACGGGGAUUAUCAAUAUAGGCUUUGUGCUUAGCAACCAGACAUAUAAGCCUCCUCCCACUUUUGGACCAUUUUAUUUUAUUGCUGAUGAUUAUGAAAACUAUAUGAAUGACUCAGUAUUCAUCAACUCUGAAGGAUCCAAUAAAUCUUCAAAAACUGGCAUAAUAGCUGGAGUUUCUGGUGGUGUUGUCCUGGUGAUAUUAUUAAUCAUUGCAAGUGUUUAUGCCUUGCACCAAAAGAAUAAGGCGAAAAGAGCAACAGAGAAAAACAAUCCUUUUGCAAAAUGGGAUGCAGAUGAGAGCAAUAAUAGUAUCCCACAGCUGAAAGGAGCAAGGCGCUUCACUUUUGAAGAAAUUCAGAGCUACACCAAAAACUUCUCACAAGUCAACAGUAUUGGAUCUGGAGGAUACGGGAAGGUUUACCGAGGAACUCUUCCAAACGGGCACCUUAUUGCUGUUAAAAGAGCUCAGAAAGAAUCAAUGCAGGGAGGGCUGGAGUUCAAGACUGAGAUUGAACUUCUAUCAAGGGUCCACCAUAAGAAUCUUGUUAGCCUUAUAGGUUUCUGCUUUGAGCAAGGAGAGCAAAUGCUCAUUUAUGAAUAUGUUCCCAAUGGCACUUUGAAGGAUACUCUUUCAGGUAAAACAGGAAUAAGAUUGGACUGGAUUAGAAGGCUGAAAAUAACACUUGGUGCUGCCAGGGGGAUGGAUUAUCUCCAUGAGCAUGCCAAUCCUCCCAUCAUACAUAGGGACAUCAAAUCCACAAACAUAUUAUUGGAUGAACGUUUGAAUGCUAAAGUUUCUGAUUUUGGACUCUCCAAACCAUUGAGAGAUGGUGAAAAAGGUUACGUUACCACUCAAGUCAAAGGAACAAUGGGCUACUUGGACCCGGAGUACUAUAUGACUCAGCAAUUGACAGAAAAGAGUGAUGUGUAUAGCUUCGGAGUACUAAUGUUAGAGCUGAUAACAGCAAGAAGGCCGAUAGAACGAGGAAGAUACAUUGUGAAAGUGGUUAAGAAUGCCCUAGACAAGGACAAAGAGUUCUAUGGCCUUAAGGAAGUCCUUGAUCCAUCCAUUGAUUUGGGAACAACACCCCAGGGUUUUGACAAGUUUGUUGAUCUUGCAAUGCAGUGUGUUGAUGAGUCAAGUUCUAGCAGACCCUCAAUGAACUUUGUGGUGAAAGUGAUUGAGAACAUGUUGCAGUUGGCUGGUUCCAACCCCAAUGCAGAGUCUGCAUCCACUUCAUCUAGUCAUGAAGUAAGCAAAGGGAGUUCUCAACAUCCUUACAAUAAUGAGUUCUUUGAUUCAAGUGUUGUGAUUCCACGUCCUUAACUGUUGAUGAGGCUGUGUAUAUAAAUGCAUGUAGGACUUCUCUUUCAGUAGUUGUUUGAAGCUUGAAAGUAACUUGUUGAGAAAGUUAUUUAGAUUUGUCUAUCUUACUUUUAUUUGAAAGAACGAAUUAGUGUUUAUAUUUUUUGUUCAUAAAAAUUAAACUUAUUAGAUUCUUGGA